UUCUUGUUUUUAACUCCAACCCUGCUUAGAUUAAAUUUAUGGCUCAAAGUGUGAACUAAUAUGUUGUCAGUCUAAUUCUUCCUUCUGUUCUUGUAACUCUUAACAGAGAAGAGCUGUUAGCCCAAUGACCUGGGAAAAUAGCUCAGUGCUGAUGGAGUUUGUGUUCCUGGCUUAUCCCUCCUGCCCAGAGCUGCGUAUCCUGUCCUUCCUUGGGGUCAGCCUGGUUUAUGCAUUUAUCACCACCGGGAACAUCCUCAUUGUGGUGUCCAUCCGGACAGAAGCCCGUUUGCACAUGCCCAUGUACUAUUUCCUGGGCAGCCUCUCAGGGGUAGAAAUAUGCUACACUGCUGUGGUGGUGCCCCACAUCCUGGCCAACACCCUACAGUCAGAGAAGACCACUACCCUCCUGGGCUGUGCCACUCAGAUGGUUUUCUUCAUUGGAUUUGGCAGUGCUGAUUGCUUCCUCUUGGCAGUCAUGGCCUAUGACCGGUAUGUUGCCAUUUGCCACCCCUUGCGGUACCCUCUCAUCAUGACUCUGACUCUUUGUGUCCGCUUGGUUGUGGCCUCUGUGGUCAUUGGCUUGUUCCUGUCCUUACAGCUGGUGGCCUUCAUCUUCUCUCUGCCAUUUUGCCGGGUUCGGGGCAUCGAGCACUUCUUUUGUGAUGUGCCACCAGUCAUGCAUCUUGUUUGUGCCAACAGCCACAUCCACGAGCAGUCAGUGCUGCUGGCAGCCGUGCUAGCCAUUGCUGUCCCUUUCUUCCUCAUCGCCACCUCCUAUGCCUUUAUUGUGGCUGCUGUGCUCAAGAUCCACUCAGCAGCUAGCCGCCACCGAGCCUUCUCCACCUGUUCCUCCCACCUCACUGUGGUGCUGCUGCAGUAUGGCUGUUGUGCCUUCAUGUACCUGCGCCCCAACUCCAGCUACUACCCCAAGCAAGAUCAGUUCAUCUCACUGGUGUACACAAUGGGAACCCCACUGCUCAACCCACUCAUCUACACCCUGAGGAACAGUGAGAUGAAAGGGGCCAUAGGGAGGGUUCUUACCAGGCAUUACCAUUCCCAGAAAAGCUAGAAUACUGGAGGGUACAGCCCAUCAGGCAAAGGUUUGAUUCCAGCACAUGCAAAUCUCUAUGCAACUGGGAUUUCUCCAGUUAACAUCAGAUGAUAUUAAAAUGGAUUUUUUAAAAAGGAA